UGUGUGUCAAUGCGAGCCACGGCCACGGCGGCGUAUCGAGCGUGAAGCGCGCGCGGAUAUAGGUAUCGCGCGUGUACAUAUUCUCUCUCGCAUAGUCUCCGAUCAUACGCGGACGCAGCGCGGAAGUGUCAUCAUCAUCAGUGCCGCUGCAGCCAAGCUGCAGCUCUCGCGCGAUACGGAUACCUCUCUCUCGAGGAGCGACCAACGUUCUUGUAUGUGGAGCAAGAGGCCGAGCAAACGGACGAUCGUCGGGAGUUGAGGUGGUGCCGGAUUUCGGUUUUUUUAAACCGCUCACGUUCGUUUAUUGUUACCGGUUUCGUGUAAGCGACCGCGCGAGCUCUGACUGGCACGCAAAAAACCGUGUACGUUGGGGCUUUUCAGGAAUCUCGAACGUGAAUGUGUACCCAUCGCGGUGUCAUCCUCGCGCGAUCGCAGACAACCCUUUUCCCGAAGGCGCCGCUAUGCUGACACCGCAGCAUCAAUUGGAUCGCAGACAGUAGCUUGAAAAUGGGGUUGAAACGACGACGUAAUAAAAUGAGCGGGACGUCGAUGAAGUAAAAUCGGCUUUUAGAUUUCUUCUUGGAGAAAGAUGAUGACUGCCAUGGCACGUUUACCCUGCAAACAAUCGUCCUCGCCUUCGCAGCAGCCGAGAGUGAACAAUUUCGGAAACAGUCGGAAUCCUUACUGGGACAUGCAGCAGGCCAGACAUCCCGCGCCGCCGUAUGUCAGAAAUCAUCAUCGGCAUACCGAUCAUACAGGGAAACGGAAGAGCGCCGUUGAGCUGCUGCAAGAGACGAAAGCCUUCUACGUGAAGAGCGAGACCGUGUUGGAUCGGAAACAGGAAUUAAAGAACAGCGGCCAUCUGCAGGUCUCGCAGCUGAGCGCACCGGGAGCGCCGCCUUCCAGAUUAUUGCGAAAAUGUACCGGCAACUCGUCCGCUUGCCCGAUGCAACCGACGUCACCGUCGCAAUUGCAACCGACUCCCCUGACGGCGCCUUGCUGCUGGGUUUCGUGUCACGAACAGGACAGACUAGAUGGAAGUCUUCUGAGUCCUCAACAAACACUGCCACCCGCGCUGCCACCGAAAAGCCCACGUUUGGUCCCGGUUCCCCAGAGACGUACGAUUUCAGGACCGCCCAGCGGUACCGGAGGCGAUCAGUUGCAGACCAAGUUACGUCGGCUGUUAAACACCGACAGCAAGGAGAACGUAUUCUUUCCGGAUAGCCCGCCGCAAAGCACAACGCAGAGUAAUGGCGUGCCACCGCGAGAAGAAAAAUUCCGGUACUCGCCCGGUAGUCUCUCGCCGGGUUGCCGAGACGAGGAUCAUAUAUUGCAUUGCGGGGAGCAGGAUGUUCGCUUCAAAUUCGGCAGAAGCAACUCGCAUUCUCACACUUCUGGCAGAUCUGCUCGAAAAUCAAACAGUUCCCCGUCGGUGGAAAAUACGUCACAAUGCCACAAAUCCUUGCCGGAUCUUCACACAAGUACACGUCGACGAGCGUCACUCUCACCACGCGCAUCUACAAAGUUAUCUGCAAAGCCAUCUGCUCAUCACCAGGUUACGAACACAAGUAAUUGCCCGGAUUAUGAAACUAGUUCAGAUUAUUCGGAUCACAGCUUUAAACGCGACGCCGUGUGUUACCGCAGUUCUCGUCACAUUAGACGAUCUCUGGGAUCUGGCGGUGGUGAUGCCAGCAGCGUGUUAUCUUCCGGUGGACGCACGCAAAAGUCAUCGGGUUCCAGUAAAUUGAGCCAUGGCGCGACGGCUAGAGACUCCGGCGGUUCUUCCGGACAUUGCACUCAUCGCAGCGAACCAGCACCUAGGAUACAAGAUUGCUGGACCCAUAUUCGAAGAGACAGCGGCGCGUCCACGCAACAUUCCACCGAGAAAGAUCGAUCGAGAAAAGGUAGCUACGUUGGCGGUACACCGCCUUCUGUUGUGAGACAAUAUAGCCCGGAUUCUGAAAGUAGCAACAGCCAAACGGAUUACAGCCCGACUUGUAAUUCGAGGUUUUCCGACGGUUGGAAAGAAGGUCGUGGUCGACCGAUUUUAAGAUCGAAGUCGGACAUAAGCGAUCGAUACUGGCGCCAAGAUAACAAUCGUUCCGGCAAAGUAUCUUCACGCCCACCGCGGUCGAUAACUCAGCUCGAGAACUUUUUCGAUCGCUUAGGUUUGGAUUCGGACAACUACAAGCGUAUAACGGAACCGGAUUCAAAAUCGUCGUCUCCCGUAUUCUUCGACAGCGUCAGUUCCGUGGAUUCCGCGUUAGGUCUCUAUUCCUGGGUUGGCAGUAAUCAAACGAACCAGGGUAGCCAGUGGCAGAACAAUUGCAGUAUUGGAAUGGGUAACGACGAGUGCAACCAAAGGGUGAACGAUCCGCCGAGUAUCGUCGAACGAAACGCGCGUAUUAUAAAAUGGCUUUGUCAAUGUCGCAAAGUGCAGUUAGACAGGUACAGUUAAACAACGAGUUUCUUUACGUGGAUAUAUAUAUAUAUAUAUAUAUCAUUUUGAGAAUAAUGGUAUAUUUAAAUAUUUUAAAUCAACGAGAAAGAUGGUAGUUUGUCCCUCCCUAUUUUACAAACAAUUUGUAUCAAAUACUAUAAUAAUCAGAAAUACAUUCCCUGUAAAUGUGGAAUUGAUUGACGCUUUUUACGCAUAAUUUAAUCUUUAAGAAUUUUUAUCAAUCCUAUAUAUAUAUGUAAUUGUUUACAAAAGGACGAUUAUUGUCGUUUUAAUUUAUUGCGCUUAAUAGAACAAAUCUGUGCCAUUUUAUAAUUAUCUGUUAAAGUUAUGUAUGUUAUGUGUGUAUCUGCAAUUAUCGUUAUAUAAAUUCAGAGGUAAAAAGACUUUUCAGAUUUACAUUUAUAUAUGUAUCUAAUUGUUACGUUAAUUUUGCUAUUAAAAAUUUGUAUAUAGAUAUAGAAAAAUUU